AUGUCGGGCGCAACACCCUCUCCUGAGCCCGGGGCCGGGAAAGGUUAUGGCAUUCAAAUCGCAUACCGUACAUUAUCAGUUCGCGCCGAAGAGAAACAGAGUCAAACGGCUUCCAAAUCACCGCCAGAUCCAGCGGACGCAAUUGCAAGCAUAGAUGCCCACCUACUGAGUGUCGACGAAGUAUAUACCCGGUAUUCCAGUCAUCCCACCGUCGGUUUGGAGCUUGCCGCUGUUCGUCGCAGGGAGAAUGAUGGCAAGAAUGUCAUUAGUCCCCCACCUACCGUCUACUGGAAGAAAACGCUUAAUUAUGUUUUUGGUGGCUUCAACUUUCUCAUGUGGAUCGCUUUUAUCUUGACUAUCCUCUGCUAUAAACCACUCGGGCCUCCUGAAGCUUUCACUCUUGGUGUUGCCGUGCUGUUGCUCCUCGUCAUUAUUCUUUCUGCUACAUUCUAUGCUUUGGUCGAUUGGAACGCGAGCAGAAUCAUGAAGUCGAUAAAAUCUCUGAUUGCACAUGAGGCUGUGGUCAUUAGGGACGGAAACCAACAAAUAAUCAAAGCUUCUGACAUUGUAGUUGGUGAUGUUGCCGUGCUCAACGCUGGCGACCGUGUCCCGGCCGACAUGCGUGUCGUGCAGGCAUCGUCCGACCUUCGUUUUGAUCGCUCUCUCCUGACGGGUGAAAGCGAAAUGGUACCGGGAGCUCUUGAUGCAACAUCCGAGAAUGCUCUGGAGACUCGUAAUCUCGCACUGACUUCUACUUUUGUUGUGCAAGGGACAUGCCAUGGUGUUGUGUUCGCCACGGGAGAUAGGACCGUCAUGGGACGCCUUGUCAAGAUGUCGGGAGAAACAAAGUUCAAGCUUACCACCAUCCAAAAAGAAGUGUGGUUUUUCACCAAAAUCAUUUCGUGUCUCGCACUCUUUUUCUUCAGCUUGUCAAUUCUUCUAUACGGCGUUUGGUUACGGACAACGUAUCCUGGGUAUGAUGCUACCGCAUCUGUUGCCAUCGUGAAUUCAAUUGGCUGCUUGACUGCUUUCGUUCCCCAGGGCCUCCCGAUUUGUGUGGCACUCUCGUUGACUGUUGUUGCCCGUCGCAUGGCUAAACGUCAGGUGUUGGUCAAGAACCUGGCGACCAUCGAGACGUUAGGAUGCAUGUCUGUAUUGUGUUCCGACAAGACAGGCACGUUGACUGAGGGAAAGAUGAUGGUAGAGAACAUUGCCUUCCUUGAUGACGUAUUUGGUGUCGACGAAAUUAACGAGAGAGUUACGAAGGCAUCAGACCCUGCAGUAUUUUCUGCAUUGAAGACACUCCAUCAGAUCGCGAGGCUUUGCAACGGCGCAAAAUUCGACGCAACAACUAACCACCUUCCUGUGCGGGAUCGUGCGAUCAAGGGCGAUCCGACUGAUACUGCCCUUUUACGUUUCUCCGAGGCCCUUUCAAUUCCGGAGCUUGGUGUGGAUGCCAGUACUCUUCAGCAGGAAUAUGAGAAGAAGUUUGAGAUCCCUUUCAAUUCCCGCAACAAAUGGAUGCUUUCCGUGGUUUCCAAGGUCAACACUGCUGAAAAGAACGUAGAGUCGACAUGGAUGUUCGUCAAGGGAGCUCCUGAUGUUUUGUUCCCUUCCUGCGGCAGUGUGCUACAGAGUGAUGGGACGGUCGUCAAGUUGACAAGUAAGGCGAAGCAGACGCUCGCCACGCUUCAAGAGGAUUGGUCAAGCGAAGGCCAACGAGUACUCAUGCUGAAACCCAUAGAAGAAAUCAAGACUGGACUUCAGCCGAACGACAUGGAAGAUCUCAUGUACUCGGAAAUGUGCGAUUUAACUUUGGUUGGCCUAGUUGGAAUUCGCGAUCCCCCUCGCCCGGAUGUAUUGCCAUCGAUUGGUGUUAUUCGACGAGCUGGAGUUCGGGUCUUUAUGGUCACUGGUGAUUUUAAGCUUACUGCUCUAGCUAUUGCACGCCAGGUUGGUAUCAUUACCCAGCAUGCUGUUGACACCAUCCAGGAUGUCCGAGCCGCUGCAUCUGAGAAGGUCUCGCCGAAAGAUUAUUAUCUUAUCAAGCCAUCCGAUGAUGAUCCUAUCCGCUCCCUAGUACUUACAGGAGAAGAUGUCGCAUCUCUCACACCGUUUGACUGGAAUGUCAUCGUCGGGCAAUACACUGAAAUUGUGUUUGCCCGCACCACGCCUGAUCAAAAGAUGAGGAUCGUCGAGGAAAUCAAGGCCCGCGGCGACAAUACUGUAGGCUGUGACUGCGGUAGUGAUGUGGCCAAAGAAGCUGCCGCCUUGAUUUUGUUGAAGAAUGACUUUGCUUCCAUCCCUGUCGCGAUAGAGAUGGGCCGGCUGGUCUUUGAUAACCUGAAGAAAGUCACAUUGUAUCUCAUGCCUGCCGGAAGUUAUUCGGAAUUCAUGGCGGUCCUCGCAUACGUAUUAAUGGGCAUGCAGCUUCCCAUGAACUCGUAUCAACAAGUCUGCUAUUGCAUCACCAACGAUGUCAUCAUGUCCAUCUCGCUAAUGUAUGAGCAGCCGGAGUGGGACUUGAUGCGGCGCAAACCACGCAACGCCAGGACCGACAGGCUUACGGAUUGGCGCCUUUUCUUCCAUGUCUACUUGUUCUAUGGACUGAUGUUAUGGCCCUGCGCGAUGGCGAUGUGGUUCUUGUACAUGAGUCAACACGGCUUCAGAUUCUAUGACGUUAUCUUGGCUUUCAACAAUUGGGGGGCAAACCAACCUCUUCUCACCCUCGAACAACUAACCGAGCUCGUCUACGUUGGUGAAUCCAUUUACUAUGUGACGGUGGCCAUCGGACAGUACGGGACUCUUCUAUCGGUUCGCAACCGCCGAGUAUCGAUACUGCAAUCAAAUCCUCUAUGGGGCCCGCGUCGCAACUUGCUGGUACUUGUCGGCAUGACGGGUACGAUAUUGAUCUGCAUCGUGAACCUCUAUGGAGCUGGCUUCCAGCGGGUGUUUUACAUGAGGCCUAUCCCUGGGAUGUUCUGGGGUCUUCCAUUCACCUUUGCUUUGGGGAUCUUGCUCGUGGACGAAACUCGCAAAGCCAUUGUGAGGAGAUACCCGAAGUCUUUCGUUGCGUGGAUGGCAUGGUGA